AUGGGUCUUGGUCUGGUCAGUCGUCACAAUCGAAAAGAGCGCAAUGUAUUUCAGCAUACCUUGAAUGAUGACAAUCAUGUCCAGGGGAAUGACGGUCUAGCCGUCGGGCCCCUCUGCCCCGACCGGAACGAGAAUGUCCAGGGUCAGGGUCGUCAUAGCGGUCGCGUCGUGCGUAUGCUUGGCCGAUGCUUCCGUCGAUGA